AUGGUGGUGGAGCGGACGCUCUUUGGCCAGCUCCUUCCUGCCUACGCCGCGGCCCACGGGUCGCGCUUCCGUGUCAAGGACCUGUCUUUGGUGCUCAAUGCCUACGCCAAGGCUCAGCUGCGAAGCACCGCCGUGUUCGAGGCACUGGCCCAGCGCUGCCGUGAACAGGCCAAGCACAUGGAUUGCCAGGCGAUGAGCGUCGUCGCAGCAGCACAUGCAAAGCUGCUGAUUGUUGACGAGCCUCUCUUCCAGACCCUGGCCUGGCGCUUGCGCAGCUGCGCGCGAACCUGUACGUUUCAGGCGGCGGCAAAUCUAGCCCACGCCUUCGCCAAGUUCGGCUUCACGAGCCCUGCAGUGCCACAGGAUGCCGCGAACCAGGCGGAAAGGAGCCGAGUCGAGGGAUCCGUGCCCGCGACAGACGUGGUCUUUGACGCUGUCGCCGAAGAGCUGCCGAGGCUCCUGGCCGACACGCCCAGCGCACACAGCACGGUGCUGCUAUGCCACGCCGUGGCCCGGGCAGGCCAGCACCGGCGGCGGCCGGCGCUGCCUGCAGCACUGGCAGCCGCUGUGGCCGAGCUACCCGCAGAGGAGCUGCAGCUUGGGAUGUUGGCCGUGGCAUUUGCAGAGCUCUGGCCCAAGAAUGCCGGCAGCGAGACAGAGGGCCAGGCGGCUUUCUGGUCUGCUUUGUCGGGUGCAGCAGCGGAUCGAACAGCACAGCUGACGCCCGGUGAUGCAGCAAACUGCGCCGUGGCGUUUGCUGCUGCAGCAUUGCCGCCAGCAUCCAUUUCAGCAAUGCGGCUGGCAGAGCACUGCGAGGGAGAGAUUUCUCCUGCGGUGGCGUCGGCCCUGUUGGUGGCGCACGCUGUAGCAGGGGUCAGUGCCAGGUCUCUUCUACGCGCGAUCGAAGCGCGCUUUGACGAACUGCUUUGGCAAGCUACUGACAGUGUGGCCUGUCGGCUCGCACUGGCUUCCUGGCUUUGCGGCGGCCGCGUCGACCGGUCGUUGCGAAAGGCUGUGGCUGGCCAUGUUCUGCGAACUUCGCGCCAGAGAGAGGAAGACGCAGAGGAGGACUUGAUGUUGCUUGCAACCUGUCAGGGUGCUGCGGCCGUCGCUGCUCCCGACCUUCGCCGAGCAGAGUCCUUGAGCUUUGCAGAUGUGGAAGAAAUCCAUGGCAGGUCAUGGGUGGAGGUUUCGCGGCAGCUGGAGCACAGCCUGGUCGUGCACCUGCAUGACCGCCGUGAUGAGGCCCUUGCACAGGCCGUGCGUCGCCUGGCAUCCCGCCUCGGGAGGAAGAGACCGAAUCUUAGCCGCAUUCUGACACAGCUGGUGGAGGCAGCGCCGCCUCCAUCGCCAGCUGCACCGCGUGAAAGCCUGCAUCAGCCACCAAGGCGUGCUGGCCUGUCCUCAUUACUGCUGCCCAGCGCGGGCGCACGGCUACCCGAGCCGGAUGAGGAACAAGAAGAUAGUGCUGCGGUCGAGGCUCAGCGCCUGGACCGAGCUCUGCGCAGGUGCGGGUUGGUGCCAGCAGCUUGCCCCCUCGCCGAUGCAGCUGCCAUGUUCGACCUUGAUGAUGUGCAGGUCCCGAUGGCCUUCGUCUUGGACGAUGCCCGCAGCUUCAUGUACCCUGCGGACGGAGCCGAAGGUGGUUCGGAGGAGCUGCAGCCAGAUGCCGUCUUGCGCGGGCCGCUUCUGGCAGAUGCGGGGUGGCUGGUGUUUCGUCUCCGUUCCGCGGACUUGUCCAACCUCCUCGGCCGCUCGGGGCGAAUGCGUGGAGAAGGGAUCGCGGAGCUGGUCCAGGUGCCAAUCCCGCAGCCGUCCAAAGCUGCCGUGCCGGCAGAUCCAUUCUUCGGUCUGCUCCGUGAUGCGGCGAGAAAGUUUCGGCCACGGCAGAGGGACCAGAGCGAAAUUGGCAAAGGUUCCGGCACUCGAUGA